AUGUCCAAUGAUCGAGAUCCAUCCGAGUCCCCAGCGCCUACCACCUCGGCCCUUCCAGAUACUUCUACCAGUACCCCCUCAAAGACAUUCCGAGCUUCGCCGUCGCCAGACGUGGCAAUCACCUCCUCCUCAUCAUCAUCACCCUCACUGUUAAAGAGUACAAAGGUAGAAAGCGAUGCAAAUCAACCGUCGUUUGAUUCUCCUAUUACGGGCAGCCAGGAUGGUGACAUGGAACGCAAUGACGUAGGAGAGGGUAGCUCAUCUUUCAAGCUCCCCUCCUCCUCUACCAUCACCGCAGCUGCGGCCGGCGACGGUACCGCCGGAGCGAGACGAGGACAGGAAGAGAUAGUGGUCGCUGUCCCACUUCCGGAGACGCUCAUGCCGGAAACCAAUGAAGAAUGGUGGGAUCUCAAGAUGAGCUGGAGUGGCAAGCUCUUCGAGAUCAAAGUUGCCUCCAAUGAUAUGGUGUACGAUUUCCGCGAACAGAUUCAUCGACUGACUCAAGUUCCACCGGUACGUCAGAAAAUCAUCGGAUUGUCCAAAGGCAAGCUUGGGACGGAGACCGAUUCGAGACGAUUCGGGUCGCUUGGCGUGAAGAAGGAUUGCAAAUUUACGUUGAUUGGGACACCUGAAUCAGACACGUUUAAAGAUCCAGCGGGGCUCAAAGCGGCGCUCGAGGACGAUUUCGAUGUGUCUUACGGAGAGUUCAAGGCUGGCACUUAUACUGCUCCGGCAGCGGAUCCAAGGAAUAAGCGGAUGAUCGAAUCCAUCAUUCAACGGGUCCCGAUCACUGUCAUGAAUGAGCCAAGACCUGGGAAGAAGCUGCUCGUCCUUGAUCUGGAUUACACCAUGGUCGAUAGCAAACCCCUCUUGGCGGGAUCGCUGCCUCCCGAGGAGUGCGCUCGACCUGGCUUACAUGACUUCCUCGAGCGAGUCUAUCCAUAUUACGACAUCGUCAUCUGGAGCCAGACCCACUGGCGGUGGCUCGAAAGCAAGUUGGCAGAGCUCGGCGUGAUCGGCGGUGAUAAGAGCUACAAGAUCAGCUUUGUAUCUGAUCGUUCGACCAUGUUCCCGGUCUUCACAUUACGCGAUGGCCAACCGUUCAAGCAUGAAGUCAAGCCGCUCGCCUACUUUUGGGCAAAUUACCCCCAAUGGUCAGCCAAGAACACCAUCCACAUUGACGAUCUGAGUCGUAAUUUUGCCAUGAACCCUGGAGAGGGCCUGAAGAUCCGAGCGUAUCGGACUGCAGGUGUCAAUGCAGAAUACCAAACAACUACGCGCUAUAAGCCCGACAGACAAUUGUACAAACUUGGGGCAUAUCUGUGCAGGAUUGCCACGCUUGAUGACUUUACGACCCUUGACCACAGGAGAUGGAAAGAGACGCUUGGCCCGGACGACGUGUGA